AUGUCGAAAGACGAGUCAUCGUCUUCCAUCGCGCAGGCGUCUUCUCAGUUUGAGACAGGGGAGAUGGCUGGGGAGACGAAGCACUCACCUCCAGGCCAAACUGAAAUACCUGGCCAUGAUGGUGAUAUUCAGAAAUUGGAAGGUGCAGGAGCCCAGGACGGAGCAAGAUAUCUCGCCGGCCUCAAACUAUUCUUAGCCAUGACAAGCAUCACCCUCCUGAUCCUACUUACAAUGCUGGAUAUUUCUAUCAUUGGAACCGCUGUUCCGCAAAUAACGAGUGAUUUUCACAGUCUUGAAGACAUCAGUUGGUACGGCGGCGCCUAUCAGCUAGCGAGUGCAACAGUUCAGCCCCUUACGGGGAAGAUCUAUACAUAUUUCAGCAUCAAGGUUCAUACUUUCUGGAACUCGCAUCAAGUGAACUUCUGGACUAACAGACCUCAGUGGACGCUACUUGCCUUUGUCCUGAUAUUCGAAAUUGGUUCCGCGAUCUGUGGAGCAGCUCAAUCCUCGCCGAUGCUCAUUAUUGGCCGUGCUGUAGCCGGGCUGAGAUGUUCUGGUCUAAUGAAUGGAUGCCUCACACUCAUAUUUGGAGCCAUAACCCCGGAGAAACGAACGUUCUAUACUAGCAUUGCUAUGGGAGUGGGCCAGAUUGGUAUUGUUUUCGGUCCAUUCCUUGGGGGCAUUUUCACCGAGCAUGCUAGCUGGCGGUGGUGUUUCUACAUUAACCUUCCUUUAGGCGGACUUGCUGCGCUGUUGAUCGUGGUCAUAGCGAUUCCUGACCAGAUCCAGAAAGAGCCUGCAAGCUUCUCUCUUCUUGUGAAACUAAUUCCCGACUUUGAUCUAUUCGGCUUCGCACUUCUCGCCCCUGCUUCAUUAAUGCUUCUCUUGGCGCUACAGUUUGGCGCAAGUGACUACAGCUGGAACUCUGCAACAGUCAUCGGCCUGUUUUGCGGAUCCGCGGUAUCAGCAGGGCUCUUCAUCGCUUGGGAGAGGCGGGUCGGUGAAAAAGCAAUGAUCCCUCUUCGUAUCCUCUCUCAGACAACGAUAUGGACUAGUUGUAUUCACUACGCCUUUCUGAUUGCUGUUACGACCGGAGGCGGUUACUUCUUGCCAAUUUACCUCCAGUCGGUUAAAGGGUUGUCGCCUACUAUGAGUGCGGUCUACAUGCUCCCAACAAUCUUGCUCUCGGUAGUUUAUGUCAUCUUCUCUGGAGCUUUGAUGCCAAAAUUUGGUUAUUACAUUCCCUGGGCAGCGCUUGCAUCUGGGGGGACAGCUAUUGGCUGCGGUCUUAUCUCUACCUGGACCCCGGAUAGCAACCUCGGACAGCUGAUAGGCUACCAAGUCAUGUUUGCCCUCCGUGGAUUAGGAAUGCAGAUGUCCACGGUAGCCAUUCAGAACGCUCUACCCCCUUCGGAAAUUGCCAUCGGCAACUCGAUGCUUGUUUUCAGCCAGAGCCUUUUUGGGGCCAUUUUGAUCACUGCCGCAAACACAAUCUUUCAAGAGAGGCUCAAAACCUACAUCAAGAAUGAGACCCCAUCUAUUGACCCUAUUGCUGCCAUUGCUGCCGGUGGGAGCGCUGAAGCGGUUAGGGCUCUUGCUCCAGCUGGUGGCGAGCUCCUCAGAUCUGUCCUCAUUGUAUACUCUAAAAGCGUGGGGAAUGUCUAUUAUCUACUAAUCGGUACAAGUAUCGUCUCGCUGGCCGCGUCUUUUGGUAUGGGCUGGGUAGAUGUUAGGAAGAAAAAGCCCAUUGGCACGGUGCCCAAGUAA